AUGACCGCUGAUUUGGUGGCCUGUUCUGCUGAGGCUCUGUCCGACCCAAAUGAAGACACGGAGUGGAAUGACAUCCUGCGCAAGAAAGGUAUCCUUCCUCCCAAGGAAAACCUGGAGGAACAGGAGCGUGCAAAGGAGGAGGAGCAGCUUGCCAUCCUUCAGAAGUCUCUUGUGAAGACUUAUGAGGACAUGACUCUGGAAGAGCUAGAAGAGAAUGAAGAUGAAUUUAAUGAGGAAGAUGAGAAAGCUAUUGAGAUGUACAGGCAGCAACGGUUAGCAGAAAUGAAAGCAGCUCAAAUGAAGAAUAAAUUUGGGGAAGUUUUGGAGAUUUCAGGAAAAGAUUACGUUCAAGAGGUUACAAAAGCUGGAAAAGGUAUAUGGGUAGUCCUGCACCUCUACAAACAAGGAAUUCCACUCUGUGCCUUAAUAAAUCAACAUAUAAGUGGGCUUGCAAGAAAGUUCAGAGACGUGAAAUUCAUCAAAGCAAUCUCUACCACCUGCAUUCCCAACUACCCUGAUAAGAACCUGCCUACGAUAUUCGUCUACCUGGAGGGAGACAUCAGAUCUCAGUUCAUUGGGCCUUUGGUGUUCGGUGGCAUGAACCUGACAAGGGAUGAAUUGGAGUGGAAGAUUUCAGAGUCGGGUGCCAUCAAGACAGACCUCGAGGAGAACCCCAGGAAGCAGAUCCAGGACCAGCUCCUGUCCUCAAUCAGGGCGUGUGUCCCAGCCAGGGGGGAGAGUGACUCAGAGGAUGACUAACUCCUGUGACUGCAUCAAGAUUGAUACAGUACAUUUGCAGCCAGUGUUCCUACCUAGAGCACUGGAGAUGCUCAUCAAGAUCUCGCUGAGCCCUAGAAGGGUAGUAUUUCAAGACAGCCAUUUAUCUAGAAAAUUCUAGAAACUAAAAAAGUUUCUUUCUAAAAAAAACCUUAUUGCAGCUUCACUUAAGAUCCUGAAAGACAUUUUAUAUUAUGAAGCCUGAGUAAAUCUUACUCAAAGUUUUAAAAUAUAGACAUCAGUAGAAACAGAGGUCUCUUGUUACUAUUUUCUUAGUAAAUAGCUGGCUUCUUUAAAAUAUCUGAAAUAUGCAGUGGCCUUAAGUGCACUGUUUUUGACAAGCUUAACUUGUGUAAGUCAAAUCUAAAUAGCUGGUCUUAAACAAUUGGUUACAGCACUUAAUUGGGCCUUCUCUUAGCCCAUCGUGCAUAGACGUCUGACAGCCUGGACUGUGUGGAGAGCUAGGGGAGGUGACGCAUGAUGUGGGCGCCACUGAAGGUGGCGGGUGGUCCUUAACAGAGGUCUGCUGGCAGGGGGGCCAGCAUGAGGCCGUGAGCUGGGACCCCAGACAUCUUGAGAGGCCUUGGUGACGGCCAGCAUCUCCUGGGACCUGCUGAGUCCAGAACCCCCUUUCAUUUAGCAGCAGUAUUUUGCCUUUCACAGGGGCUGAGCUUCCUGCACCAUCUUGUGUGCUAAUUGGGAAAGAAAAUUCAAGAUGGUGAUGCUCGAGUGUGAAACUGCUGACUUCCACAAAAUCAGAAGUCUGAUGCGUUACUACAGUUGUGCCAUUGCCAAAUGGGAGGGAAAAUGAUGUUUGAAGACCUGAUGUCUUUCUAUAUUAAAGCCUUCCAUCUUCUAGGUAUAGUAGUAAUAAUUGAGGCCUUAGAAGGGAAUGAACUGAAAUACCACCUUAAUUAUAGAUCUGCUGACACUCAGAGCUGCUUGCUUGUUUUGGGUUGGAUUUGAUGUCCACCUACACUUUCAAUUCGUCUACACUUGGGCUAACAAGCUCCAAGAGCUUUUGCUAACAAGGCUGCCCCAAGGACAUUUUGUUAUAUUGCUGAUGGAUUCUGUGGGUGGAUAGUACAGAAUGCAACACUCGAUAAGCAGCAAUUUUUUUUUAGUUUUGUAUUAGUUCAUAGCGCCUUUUAAGCAUGUUUCCUGCACUCUGUCUCUAUGUCAAAUGCAGCAGAAUACAAGCUGAUAAAUCCUGAAUAUUAUUAUUGUA